AAGAAAAACCUUGUCUUCAUCAUGAUCACCAUGAAGGCCAACCAGAGCAUCGACUACAUGGACAAUAUGACCCUCAAUAUGUCGGUCAGUGACAUGAACAUGACGGGCAUCAACCAGAUCACCAUCCCUCAGGAACUGUUUCUGGUGCUAGGCUUGAUAAGCCUGGUGGAGAACAUUCUGGUUAUUGCAGCCAUCAUCAAGAACAGAAACCUGCAUUCUCCGAUGUAUUAUUUCAUCUGCUGCCUUGCCGUGUCUGACAUGUUGGUCAGUGUGAGCAACGUGGUGGAGACAAUGUUCAUGCUGCUCACGGACCACAGCCUUCUGAGUGUGACUGCAAGGAUGCUGCGCCAUCUGGACAACGUCAUAGAUAUCAUGAUCUGCAGCUCUGUGUUGUCUUCGUUGUCCUUCCUGUGCACCAUCGCGGCUGAUCGCUACAUCACCAUCUUCUACGCCCUCCGCUACCACAGCAUAAUGACCACACAGCGUGCUGUCACCAUCAUUGUGAUCGUCUGGCUCACCAGCAUCACCUCCAGCUCACUGUUUAUUAUCUACCACACAGACACCGCAGUCAUCGCCUGCCUCGUUACCUUCUUCAGCAUCACGCUGAUUUUCACAGCAGUGCUCUAUCUGCACAUGUUCAUUCUGGCACACGUACACUCCAAGCGCAUCAUGGCGCUGGAUAAAAACCGUCGCCAGGCCACCAGCAUGAAAGGUGCCAUCACUCUGACCAUCCUGUUGGGUGUUUUCAUUAUUUGCUGGGGUCCAUUUUUUCUGCACCUGAUCCUGAUCCUGAUGUGUCCAACAAACCCUUAUUGCAAGUGUUACUUCAGCCAUUUUAACCUCUUCUUAAUCCUUAUUAUAUGUAACUCUCUCAUAGACCCAUUGAUUUACGCCUAUCGGAGUCAAGAACUGCGCAAGACCCUUAAGGAAAUUGUUUUGUGCUCUUGGUGCUUCGUUAUGUAAGAUUCGUUAAGAAAAUAGCAGACACGGUGUGCAGUUUACACCUGUAAAGGCAACAAGCAUGACGAAUAGGUUGAAUUACUCCCAUUAAAUUCAUUAUUUAUCCUUUUAAAGGACUGAAAGAAUCCACACAUGCAAACUUGACUGAAAUAACUGGACCUUUUAGCUGCCAUAAUGUGGUGUUCCAAUGAUUAUGGUAUAAAUACUGAAUGAUGGAUUCUCACAAUUCAGCAUCAGCAGGAAUUACAUUUUUGGGAUGAUUUUUAAUCCGCUUCAUGUGCACGGAUGUUCGAUGAUGCCUAUCAAUUCAUUUUCCUCCUCCUCCUCCUCAUCAUCAUCAUCGUCAUCAUCUUUUAGGCUCUAGAUUUAUUUGGAAAUGUUUAUUAAUUAUUUCUUUUUGCAAAGAAUUUCUGUUUAGAAAAUAAUUAUGUUUUAUACCACCAACAACAGACCCUUCACUUCGGUAACUAUUCAGCUUGAUGUAAAGCCUUUAAUGAUUAAGCCAAUGCCUGUCAUGUUACCAUUGAUUUUGUGAGCAAAAAUAUUUUAAUCAUCAUCCGAUUUUUGUAUGAGGGAAGAAUUUUUUUUUUAAGGAAGCAUUAAGAAGUGACUUCCUAAAAAUUAAGAUUUUAAGACAAGUUGAUCAUGAUCAAAAGAAGGACAUUUGAAAGGAGAUUUUUUAUAAAUACACACACGCUCGCAGUCAUGUGGUCUGAAAAACAAAAGUGAUGCCCUGUAAACACAAAAUCUUUUGCUAUCGAAUCAGUAUUAUUAUCUUGGUGCUUGUUCUGAAUGUUGCUUUUAUCUUCGGUUAUUAAACACGGAUUUGUGCUAAAUUCUUCUGCUAAUUUGAAAUAUGAAUCGCUCUUUUGUUAGGUUUAAUUAGACCUCAUGACAAGAUGAUGCUGUGGGCAACAUUGUUAAGGUGGUACGUCGAUUGCGGGCAGCGCUGCAAAGAAGAACUUUCCUAGUCACUGAAUAUAAGACAGCAAAGGCGUAGCAUUAAAAUAGUUUAGCUAUUAAUGCUGCAAAAUAUUUUCCUGUGCAAAUUGCAUCUGGUGUUAUUAUAAAACAUGUUGCUGGAUUGGACAGAUUGCACACACAAAGUGAAAAUAAAUGCCUCUAUUCGGUUAAUGCAGUUUUCGUCUCUUGCUCGGCACAAUACUAACAGUGAAGCAUCACGGUGAUGUGCAGCUGCUUCUCUGCUAACAGUCCAUAAAUUGCUGUAGCAGGACGAAUUAAAGGAGAAUUUAUGCUCAUCAUCUAAAGAACUGAAUCUGGAGAGAAGGUGGACGUUUCAACAAAACAAAAACAGCAACAGAAGGAAGAAGAAGAAGAAGAAGAAGAAGAAGAAGAAGAAGAAGAAGACGAAGAAGAAGAAGAAGAAGAAGAAGAAGAAGACUUUCUGUUCUGUUCCUUUUAUGACUUGAGAUCAAAGCAUCUGAAUCUUACAACAUUCUUCUAUUUAUUUAUAUUUUCAUUUUUAAUUACUAUUUAAUUAUUUAUUUUUAAAUUUUUAUGUAAAUUACCUCAAUGACAUUUGUUUAUUUACCAAAUCCUAUACAUUAUG